AUGUGGCAGUGUCACUAUCUCCAUGUCACUCUGCGUUUCUGCUCCCCGCGACUCCUUGUAUUGCCGCGAUUCUCCCACAUGGCUCUGUCCUCCGUCGAUUUCUCCUUGCAUCGCCUCCACGCCUCGUCUAGUGGUUCUCACUUCUCAGGUUCUACCUUCUUUUGCGUCACUGCUUAUGAUUUGUGUGGAUCUGCUGCUGCAUUUCUUUUACGACAAGGAUUGCCCUUUCGUGGUAAUGAUGAGACAGAUGAUUCUGUUAAUCAAGGAAAUUUCUUGGAACUUCUAAACUUUCUUGCACAACAUAAUGAAGAGAUUGAUCGUGCUUUUAAAAAUGCUUGUGGGAAUCUUAAACUAAGAGCUCCCUCAAUUAAAAAAGAUAUUGUAAGAGCGACUGCAAGUGAAACGACAAAAGCUAUUGUAAAUGAUCUUGGGGAUGAAUUGUUUGCUGUUUUGGUUGAUGAAACUCGCGAUAUUUCUAUUAAGGAGCAAAUAUCAGUUUGUUUAAGGUAUGUGAAUAAAGAAGGGCAAGUUAGGAAGCAUUUUCUUGGUCUUGUUCAUGUUUCUAAUACUAAUGCUUUAUCUCUAAAAUUAGCAUUGGAGUCAUUAUUAGAAAUAUAUAAUUUAAGUUUAUCAAGAUUAGCUCUUGUAACGGUUGCAAAAAAACAAGCUGGAAUUGCUUUGCUUUUUAAUUUGUUAACCAAUUUGUGCAAUGUUGUUGGAGCUUUGUGUAAACGAAGAGAUAUGCUUGGUGAUAGUCAAAUGACUAAGACAAUUGAAGCAUUACAAAGUGGAGAAAUUUCCAGUGGACGUGGUUUGAAUCAAGAAAUAGCUUUGAAAAGAGCUGGAGAUACUAGAUGGGAUGUGCGUUCUAAUGAUCAAUUCUCAAACUUGAAUGGGAUUGAUGCUCUUUCUCAGAAAUUGGUUGAGACUCAAAAAAAUAUUAUUUAUCCAUUAGUGUUUCUUCUUUUAAAGUUAGCUUUAGUUUUGCCUGUAGCAACUGCAUCAGUUGAAAGAACUUUUUCUACUAUGAACAUCAUAAAGAGUCGGCUUCAACCGAUCUUGAUGGCUGCACGAAAACAAGGACAUAGUGUGAAAAGUGAUAAUUCGAGGAAUAUUUCGAUGAGAGACGUGGACGCUUUUAUAGCUGCGGUAAAUGCCAUGGCUGAUGCUCAUAACAGAGAUAGCAACCGUAAUGAGGAUGCUGGGAAUAACGAAACACCUAUGACACUGGCAGUUUUUCUGAACGUGAAUCCACCUUAG